UGCUCCUUUCUUAUCCUUGUCUAUAAAUUUCUUUCAUAACCAACUAAAACCCUAGGGAGUGGAGUAUAUUAUAUAUAUAUAUAUAUAUAUAAAAUAUAUUCCAUUUCUUGCUCAGCCUCAAUCAUAUAGUGUACACUACUUUUGUAGAGAACGAGAGAAAUAACUUUCAAUUGUUCAUCAUCUAGGUUCUUAUUCUUUUGUUCAGCCUAUUUGGCGAAAAGAAUUCACCGAUCUGGCUAAACCCGGCGAAUUCAAGCUUACCAGUUAUCCGGGUAAUAAACGGAGAUAUGAGCUUGAACUCGAGAGAGGAGGACAUGGGAAUAAAACAAGAAGACAACGAUCGUACUCAAAGGACAUCUUUGUCCUGGUUGAGGCAAAACCCGAGGAUCGUGCGAGUCUCGAGAACAUUCGGAGGCAAAGACAGACACAGCAAAGUGUGCACAGUUCGUGGUCUUCGAGACAGGAGGAUAAGAUUGUCGGCGGUGACCGCGAUCCAGCUGUACGACCUUCAAGAUCGGUUAGGGCUGAGUCAGCCUAGCAAAGCCAUUGAUUGGCUCUUAGAAGCUGCCAAGAACGACGUCGAAUUGCUUCCUCCUUUGCAAUUCCCACCUGGUUUUCACCCUAAUCUCACCGCCGGCGCCGGAGAAUCUUUUCCCGGGGUCUUCGAAAGUUUCGAUCUUGGAAGCGGCUCGUCGAGAAAUGAUACGACACAGAGAGAAAGUUUGGAUCUUGAGAGAAGGAAAAUGGUUAGAUUCGACGAAAGCAGCAAUCUUGGUCAUCAUGGGUUCGACAUCGAUCAUCGGUUUUCCUCCAACUCAUCAAGCCAAAGCAACAAGCUUUACUUCCCUGCUUUGUCGGCGUAUAAUAGCAGCAGCAGCUCUUAUCAUUACAAUAUUGGACAUCUCCAACACGUACUGGACCAACCUGGCAACGUUACUCUCGCAUUCUCCAAUAAUGAUCUGAAUCCGCCCGCGGCGGAAACUAUGAUCAGCUCUCUAAUUCCGAGGUAUCCUCCUUCGUUUCUCGGUGGUGGUCAACUUCAACUCUUUAGCUCAAACUCGAACUCGUCGAAGCAAACAGAUCAUGCCGAGUAA